AUGCUCGAAACUGAACAAACAUACGUCGAUUCCCUGUAUGACAUGGAAGGCCUGUUGAACGAAUGUCUGUGCUUCGUUAAACCAAACGGACCUUUUCAUAGAGUAGACAUUGAGCUACUUUUUGGCAACGUGGCCGAGUUGUACGUCUUCCACCUGGACCUCCUGGAACGGCUCAACUCAUGUAUAGACUAUCCGUGGUUUGCUGGCACAUUCUUCAACGAUUCUGCUGAGGAAAUGAUGAAGCUAUAUAUCACCUACUGCUCGAAUAGCUCGGCAGCCUUGGAAGCGCUCACGUUACUGUCGCAGGAUAAUGAGAUGUCUGCUAUAAUUGGCAAGCUGCUGCAAGCCAAGCAGAAGCCGUUGGGUUUAGGGCCAGAGAUCCUGAAACCCGUGCAGAGAAUUUUGAAAUAUCCACUGCUCCUGAGGGAGUUGACCAAAUAUAGUGAACAAGGGGAAGACGGAUACGACGACGCAGUCGAGGCGAUGGACAAGAUUAACACAGUGGCAGAUUACAUAAACAACCGCAAAGCCGCCGACGAGAAACUUCAGAGAGUCGUGUCUAUCAAGGACAAGCUCGAUCACUUUGAUGAGGACCUCUUAUCAUAUGGGUUAUUGAUUAUGGAAGCGUCGGUGCGCGUGAGCAUAGGGGGCCGACGCCCGGGCGAAAGGAAAAUGCAUGUGAUGGAAAAAUGUAUACUAUUGGCGAAACAGGACUACUCUGGGAGGAUGAACUUCAAAGAUCUCCUACUGAUAGAUAAGACCGAAGUCAAUAGAUCGCAGCACGACCCAUCCACGUUUGAACUGCUGACCAAGGAGAUGAAGAAUAAUAAAACCGGCAGAAACCCGGCAGAGGGUAAAGUGAAGACGUAUAAAGUGUCUUGCCGGACAUCCGCAGAAUGCAAGGCGUUGACGAAAGCGAUACAGAAACUAACGGAGAGUAGUUUAUUAAACUUUCUUGCGGCGAAAAGUCAACCGAAGUCGGCUGUUGAGGAAAAUGAAGCGACAAAAUACCUGGACCUCGAUGCUAUCGAAAGGAGGGAGCGGAGGUUACGGGAGCUAAGGAGCAAGAAGACGUCAGUGCGAUCCGGAUUAGGAAUGGGAAAGAAAAUCACACACCUAUCAAUACAAGACUUGGGUAGCCGCAAAACCACCAGUUCACCCCUUGUUCGAUCCAAAAUCGCCGCCUCAAGUCCGGCACUUUCGAGAGAUUCCCCGAAGAGCAUUAAGAAGAGUAAAACACUCGGCGCGGGCAACCGACCCGAGUCACCGGACCGACGAUUAUCGCAACAGCACAUUACUGGAUUAGGACCGCCCACAUCCUCUGCACCAAUACAUAAGAUGACGUCUGAGAACGCCAUCCCCAAUUGGGGAGCGCCUCACCUGGCGGAACAAAACCAGAGGACUUCAUCGCCUGUUCCUGCGUCAAUUAGGAAUUCAAUGCCCCCUCCAUUGCCCCCUGCGAGAAAACCAAACAAUGGACAAUCCGACGAUGAUACGUCCACCAUGUCGGAUCAAAGUUAUACCACCACAACCACAGCGUACAACGAUCAAGACUCGGAAUUUGAUACUGAUGAGGCGGAGUCUGAUUUUGAAAUUUUGAUUAAUGAGGAUUUAUCAGACACGAAGGGAUACGCAAGGCCGCCUUCGUAUCCACCCGCAGGACCACCCCCCAGUAAUGACUGCAUAGCGGUUCCCGCAUGCCGAGAACCAUUUACAAAAUUCUCAUACUCCGACCCUCUUAACUACCACAGCAUACCACAACCCGUACCACCAGAACGUCACCUCCAGCCGCGAAGAGAUUCCAACUCGGAUCGAUCAGUUCCGCCAGAAGUGCCCCACACCAAGCCACGACGACCAUCAGCACCAAGCUUACCUUCAGAAAGCGUUCCCAAGCAACGGGCGCGUGCAGGCUCACACACCCCCCCACCCAUAGCACCCAAACCAAAGGUACCCCCCACGGUGAUAGCCCAUUUGCACCGCAAACCAACAGUGAAGGCCCCCGCACCCCCCGAGCCCACCACCGCACACCCGGAGCCCACCACCGCACACCCGGAGCCCACCACCGCACACCCGCCUAUAAGUAAACCACCUGGUAGUAGUAAUGGUACUAGCCAAUCGCCCAGCUAUGGGAAUAGCCCAACCAAUGCACGCUUGGCCGGCGGGACUAGCAGUCCGAGCCCCAUGGAGGGGGCGACAACUAGCGAUGCCGGUGCGACCAGGCGUAAAAGCCAGCCUCACUCGCCCAGGGCGCUGGCACCUAAACCACCAAAGCUGACGCUAUCGUGA